AGAAUGCUCACGUGCUCGGCUGGGGACGUGCUAGAACAGCGGAACAGGGGCUGGGGACAUGCUGGGGGUGACUGAGCACAAGCCGGCAGCGCAGUGGGGGUGAAUGAGUGCAGACUGGAAACGGCAAGGAUGGCUGAGGCCAGACUGGUAACUAACGGGAGUGGCGGCUAUGAUCUGGAGCAAUUUGUGGAGGUGCCCGACCCCGACCUGAUCUGCACAAUAUGCCAUGGAGUAAUGAGGUGCCCAGUACGAAUCGUGUGCAAGCACAUUUUCUGCAAGAGAUGCAUUCUGCAGUGGCUGAGAAGGCAUGAGAGCUGCCCCUACUGCAGAAAGCCUGUCCACAAGGAGAUGCUGCUUGUGAUGUAUCGGCUGUGCAGGUCCAUCAGUCGGCUUCAGAUCAAGUGUAAGAAUCACAUCCAUGGCUGUCUGGCCACAUUUCCCCUGGCAGAGCAGUGCAAACACCUGACCUCCUGUGGCUUUGAAGUGACUGGCUGUACCAACGAGGGCUGUGAAGUUGAGGUCUUGAGAAAAGACCUGCCAACACACGUCCAAAGCUGCGAGUUCAGGAGGAGGCCGUGCAGCAUGGGCUGUGGAGAGAUUCUAACCCACCAAACCCUGGCCCAGCACAACUGCUACCGGGCAUUAAAGCGCGAGUUUGAUGCCCAGCAGAGGACCCACAAGGCCAUUGCAGCAAAGCUGAAGAAGAAGAUGGAAAAGAUGCAGACAACCAUGUUGCAAAUGAAGAGGCAGAUCAGCCUCAUCUGCGAGAGCUUGGAGGUAAUGGACCAGCAGGAGGAUGAAGAAGAGGAGGAAGAUGAAAACACAGAGAGCAGUGGGCACAGCAGCAGUAGUAGUGGAGAAACUGCUGGAAUGGCCUGACCUGCACCCUGGACAUACAAUCUUGAGCAUUUGUGUGGUGUUGAUUAUUCUGAUGGGACAUGACAGCUUAUAGAGCAAGUUUUAUUUGACCUUUUUGUACCCCUGAACACACUUCAUCCCUGAAAACAAAUUACCUGCUCACUUACUGUUUGAAUAAAACCAGCGUUUUGUGCCCAUGUUGUGAUGUGGGCUUAUCGCUUCUCAAGAAAACAUUAGUGUGCAUUCACUUAAAAACACGUAUAUCCACUAGAGGAAGCACGAACAAUAAAGCAAAAAGCAAGCAGCUGUGCAACUUCAUUGGGCUGGUAAUGGAUGGUCACUCGGCUCCAUUUAUCAGCUCUGCAACCAAUGACUGGCACGUUCGCCAAAAUAAAAAAAAAAAAAAAAAAAGCCAACUUUGUAUGAUGAAAUAGGAGUUGAGAUUCCAACUUCCGACCUUUGUGUAACAUCCUUUCAAUUGCAGCCAUAAAAUGGGAUCUGUGCACAGCAGGAAUUAUGGGUAAAUGGCCAUGUGAAGCACACAAUGGCAUACUCACUGUUCUCAUUGUAUUUAUAAGGCCUUUCUUUCACAGAAAGAACUCUCAAAAGAGAUAUCACCCUGUCACAAAUGUUGACAGAUUACCAGAACGCUGCUUCUCUUUUCAUGGGAACAAAACCUCAGAAUUGUAUCCAUUUUUGGAAUUUGUUUGGUUUCUUUUCCGCCUGUGAAAGCCAUAGGUAAAUUCACCAGAACCCAGUCAUGUCAUCAGAUUCAAAGUAUCAUAUUUAAAAAUAAAAAUACUCCACCAACACACUUUUAAACUUCUAAAUCAGGCAUCUCAACAACAAC